AUGGCCCCUCCACUUGCUUCCCCAGAGCCUGCCCCAGGACCAGAGCUGGUGGGUAUCAUUGGGGGCUGCCCUGUCUCAGCCAGGAGGUUCCCUUGGCAGGUCAGCCUGAGGUUCUACAGCAGGAAGAGUCACCGGUGGGAACACAUGUGUGGCGGCUCCCACAUCCACCCUCAGUGGGUGCUGACCGCUGCCCACGGGGGGGAUCUGGAGGCUUGCGCCUUCAAGGUCCAGGUCGGGCAGCUGAGGCUCUAUGAAGAGGACCGACUGACGAAGGUGGUCCAGAUCAUCCGUCACCCCAAGUACAACGAGAGUCUGUCUGUCCUGGGGGGCGGGGACAUUGCUCUGCUGAGACUGGAGGGUGCUGUGAAGUUGUCAGAGAGCGUCUACCCAGUCUCCCUCCCAGAUGCGUCCCUGACAGUCUCCUCGAAGAAGAUUUGCUGGGUGACCGGCUGGGGUGACAUUGAGUACAACACACCACUGCCCCCACCCUACCACCUGCAGGAGGUGGAGGUCUACAUCGUGGGGAACCAGGCCUGUGACUGGCGGUACAAGAAUGCCUCCUUGGACAGCCUGGAUAGGGUCAUUAAGGACGACAUGCUGUGUGCUGGGAGACAGGGACAGAAUUUCUGCCAUGGAGACUCCGGGAGCCCCCUGGUCUGCAUGAAUUGCACCUGGUUCCAGGUGGGGGUAGUGAGCUGGGGCAAAGACUGUGGUCAUCACAACCUCCCUGGGGUGUAUGCCCGUGUCAAGAGCUACGUGUCGGGGAUCUAUCACUAUGUUCCCAGGUUCCCUGGGUCCUAG